UCUUGCAUAAGACUUAAGUGUAUGCUUCCUCCCUCUGGUGCUUGCAGCCUUUAUGAGGAAUAUGACUGACUGACUCGGUGGCAAGGGUCAGAAAAUGGACACUUCGUCCUCCUGUGAACCUCCCAUUGCCACCUAUCAACAGAGCCCGGUCUGUGCCCUCAAUGCCAGCUGCGACUGGUCAUCUACCUGCAACAGGACCACAGUGGACAGUGGACUGCAGCUGCCUACCUUUACCACAGCAGCCAAAGUCCGAGUGAUAAUAACGUUCAUCCUAUGUGGCAUAUCCACUUUCUGUAAUUUGGGUGCAUUAUGGGUAGCCAACAGCCACAAGCGCAAGUCACACGUCCGAGUGCUCAUCAUUAACCUGACCGCGGCUGAUCUCCUGGUCACGUUCAUAGUGAUGCCAGUGGAUGCUGUGUGGAACAUUACCGUGCAGUGGCUGGCUGGAGAUCUGGCCUGCAGAGUUCUCAUGUUCCUGAAGCUACAGGCCAUGUACUCCUGUGCCUUUGUCACCGUGGUGAUUAGUCUGGACAGACAGUCGGCCAUCCUUAACCCUUUGGCUAUCAGCAUGGCCCGCAAAAGGAAUAGGCUCAUGCUUGUGGUAGCAUGGACCCUGAGCACCUUAUUCUCUGUCCCUCAGAUUUUUAUUUUCCACAAUGUGACAAUCACCUCCCCUGCAGAGUUCACCCAGUGCACCACCAGGGGCAGUUUUCUAACUCAUUGGCAAGAAACGGCAUACAACAUGUUUACCUUCUGCUGCCUCUUCCUGCUGCCUCUCAUCAUAAUGAUCACCGUCUACACCCGGAUAUUCUUCCAGAUUUCUAAAAGGAUGAAAGGAAAGAGCUUGUCAGCUAGUGAGCCCGAUUGGCGCUGCACACAGAACAACAUCCCCAAAGCUCGAAUGAGAACUCUGAAGAUGAGUCUAGUAAUCGUCUUGUGCUUCAUAGUGUGCUGGACUCCAUACUACCUCCUGGGGCUGUGGUACUGGUUCUUUCCUGAUGACUUAGAGGGGAAAGUGUCUCACUCUCUCACUCACAUCUUGUUCAUCUUUGGCCUCUUCAAUACCUGCAUGGACCCUAUCAUCUAUGGCCUGUUCACUGUGCGCUUUAAGGGACUGAGAAAGCAUGGCCACACAGCCACGGUGAGGUCAGACACAGACAACACCACAAAAACAGAGUCUUUCAGGUUCUAAGUCUACUUGACAUGGACUAUUUUCUGAUCAUGAAAAAAAAGACAACCCAU